GGGUUUCAUAGCGUUACGAUUCCCGGUCCCGCCCACUCCCGCUGACAUUUUUUCCUGUCCCGUCCCAAUCCCGUGAUUAUUAGUGAUUUUGUUUCCCAUCCCGCGGGAUUCCCGUGGGAAUCCCGUGACCCGCGGGAUUCCCGAAAAAAAUGUCAGCCUCUAGUCUGUAGAGCCGCAUGAACAGAUAUUUUCGUUUUGCCGGUUCAUCGGGAAAACGCCCUAUUCAAGAAGAAAAAGAAGAAGAAGAAGAAGAAAACGCCCUAUAUGCCAGAUGGCCAGUGAUGGAGUAACGAACACAUUCAGCUGAACAGAAUAGCAUAAAUGCAUUUUAAUUCAUUAACAGUAUACAUUUAUUUAUUAUAAUCUCCAUUGAUCUACUUUAUUAAAUUUAGAAUCUACAGCUCUACGUAAAACAUGCAGAGCACGUUAUUGCCUUUUCUAUUCGUAUUAUUCAUGCAUGGUGUGUCCGGUGCAGAGACAGAUGAGAUCGUGGAAGUGAUGGAGGGAGAUUAUGUCACUCUACACACCAAUCUUACUGAAAUACUGAACCAUGAUACCAUACUGUGGAUGUUUGGACCUAAAGAUUCUAUCAUCUCUCAAAUAACGAGAAAGAACAGUUUGACCUCUUUUUUUGUAACCGAUGAUGUGGGAUUCAAAGGCAGAUUGCAGGUGGAUCAAAACACUGGCUCUCUCACCAUCAGAAACUCCAGGGUCAGACACUCUGGUCUAUACAAACUGAGCAUCUCUAGAGAAAAGACUACAUCUAAGACAUUUAAUGUUACUGUCUUUAGUUUGGUUGGUGAGAGAGAUGGAGUGAAGUCAGUAUCAGUUAAGGAGGGAGAUUCUGUCACUUUACACGCUGAUACUGAAAUGAACACAGAUUAUCUAAUCCUGUGGAGGUUUGGAUAUACAGGCAUCCUCCUGGCUAAAACUGAUGUAGAGACUAAUGAGACCUCAUUAUAUGACACAGAUGAGAGGUUCAGAGGUCGACUGCAGCUGGAUCAUCAGACUGGAUCUCUGACCAUCAAGAACACAAGAACCACGGACUCUGGACCUUAUGAACUACAGAUUAGAGGCAAUGAGAACUCACACAAGACAUUUAUCCUUUCUGUCAGUG